UCGGAGAUAAGAAAGAAAAGCGUCCUUUGAUUGAAUUGCUCUUUGCUCUAUAUACGAAUAUGUCCGACGACGACGACACUGGAUCGGAAACUUCACCUCCUCCAACCGUAGCCGUCGGGGUGGAGACCCUGCGCCUUCAACGAAAGCAGCCUGCUGCGGCUGCAGUUGCGGCUUUAGUAGUAAGGGACGUAUUAUUGUGGAGGAGAAUACAUGUGAGCAUCCUUGUUCUUGUGGUGGCCACGGCAACUUGGGUAGCACUCCAACUCUAUCAGUAUAACGCGGUACAAGUUGGCUCGUGGGCGGCCAUGUUCCUCGUCACGCUUAUCUUUGUUUGGGGCAAUAUUCAUAGACUCCUCAAAAUAGAGGGUCCGGACGUUUCAGGGAUGGAGAUAAGCGAGAGGCGGGCUGCAGAAAUGGCGCAUGGGAUUCGGGAAUGGAUUGAAGAAGGCAUUCGAUGGUUGUUUCGGGUGGGUGCGGAGAGGGAAUGGUCUGUGUUUGGGGCAACUGUAGCUGCUCUGGGGUUACUUUCGUGGAUCGCUACCCGUUUUGAUUUGCUUACUCUUGUUUACAUGGAAGAAGAAGAUAUGAAGUUUGUGUUCGUGAUGGGAUAUUAUGCAGGGGUUAUGUUGGGUAUGACUGUACCUGCAAUUUACGUGAAGCAUGAGGACAAGAUCAUAGAGUAUGGAAUGCGAUCAAGGAUACAGUCUAAAAAGUAUUACGACUUGAGUAAAGACGUGUUGCGGAGGAUAAGAAGCAAAGUGGCUGCAGGAAAGAAACACAAAAAGAUCGAGUAAAAAAAUUUUUUUUUUUCUUCUUUUAUUUUUUGUUGUUUGGGAAGAGGGGGGGGUAACAGUGUAAUAGCUUUUUUUUUAUUUAUUUAAUAUAUUUUGCUUGCAUGGACGUAUUAUGUAUGUAUCAUUCAUGAGGAUUUGCUUUCAGGAAAUUAUAUAUAUAUAUACUCCUUUUACACUUCUUGCA